GCUACUUUCCUUUCCUGGAAACUGGAAUGCCUUUGUGCCUGACUUGACUGAUAGAACACAGUGGAAAUGAUGCUGUGUGGCUUCUGAGCCUGUCACAAGGAAAUUUACUCUCUGGGAACAUGCUUGGAGAACCCUGGCCACCAUGUAAGUAGUCCAGCUAUCCUGUUGGAAAGGAAGAAACUGUGUCCAAGCUGUGGAUAGUGUGGAGACUAAAGCCAGGUAGAGAUGCCUGGGAUGCUAGUUGUGUAAGUGAGAAGCCAUUUGGAUGUUCCAACUAACGGAGCCUUUAGCCUUCAAGUGGUGCCACCUGAACCACCACCUGACUAUUGCUACAUGGGAGUCCUCAAAUGAAACCAGCAGAAGAACCACCCACCUGAUCCCAGUUAACUAACAGAUCCGUGAGAGAUCCAGGAGCAGGGAGGAAGUGAAGACAUGGUCAGCAAGAAGCUGUUGACUUUAUAUGAAAAAUAUCAUGAACCACCUCAUUCAGUUUGUCAGGUAACACAGGUGAGCAAUGUCAGACAUGGAGAGAGGCAGAGAAAUUUCCGAGUGUCAUGAGAGAACCAUGAGGGACAGCUGCUAGGAAAGCACUGCUGGGCCCUUCCCACCUCCUGACUUGAGGACCGAUGGACCUUCUAGACAUUACUUCCAAUGACCCAACUUUGAACUAACUGCCCAAGUGGAAAACGAUGUAAAGUUAUUUUCGUUCCAAAGGAGGAUGCUAACAAUUCAAAGGAAUGAAUUUCUAAUGGUGGAACUGCAAGUCCCUAGGGUGACCAAAGAUGUUUUGGGACAGGAUGUUCUACCCUGUUCUGUUCAAAUGAUUGACUAGGUAGCCUCCUACUUUGCCCUCUUGAGAGGCUGGCUCUGCUCUUUGGAACUUCAGAAACAUCCGACUUGUUGUCUUUCUCAAAGACCUUUCAAGGAAUAGCUUAGAAGAACACCAAGAAAUUGGAGCAGAAUACUUUAUAUUUUAUGCAUUUAUCUGUAAACUUUUAGAAAUUGCCCAGACUGUCAAAUGCGCAAAACUUCCCUGGCUGGGCGAGUGCCCUCAGUCAAGAUGGCUGCGGUACGUUCCAUCGCCCUUGCUUGCCCUCAGCAAACGUGGCUACAGCGACUUCCUUUUCCCACAACAAAUAUGGCGCCUCCGCUUCCGGAUUUCGGUGCGCUGCUCUUGCGGGAUGGACUAUGGCGACCCAGGAAACUGCUCCAGGAAGCCAGUCAGAGGAGAGCAACGCUUUGGACUUGGCGUCCAUCAACGACAUAAAAGAUUAUGCUCUGCAGAGACCCCACCAGGAAGCAGACAGCGACGCACUGAGCUCUGUGGAAACCCUUUCUCUUCCUUGCUCUUCUGAUGUGGAUUCAGACACCGGUAACCUAAGUACCGAACAAAAUGAUUCCUGGACCUCUGAGAACUUCUGGCUUGACCCUUGUGUGAAGGGUCAGACGGAGACCACAGCAGAGGACGAUGGGCUUCGGAAAUCCCUGGAUAGGUUCUAUGAAAUGUUUGGCCAUCCCCAGCCAGCCGCUAGAAAUCCACUCUCUGCAUCAGUCUGCCAGUGCCUGACUCAGAAAAUCAAUGAACUGAAGGGCCAGGAGAACCAAAAGUAUGCCCUUCGCAGUUUCCAGAUGGCCCGGGUCAUCUUCAACCGGGAUGGCUGUGCGGUCUUACGGAGGCAUUCCAAGGACGCCCACUUCUACCCACAGGAAGAAGGAAGUGUGUCUCUGGAUGAUGAAAAGCCAACCCCGGGACUUUCAAAAGACGUCAUUCGUUUCCUCUUGAAGCAGAACGUGAUGAAAGCUCUCUAAGAUGCCCCCAGUGGUAAGGGCACGCAGCAUGCAGGAUGGCCCCAUGGCCUGUGCUGUCAGUGCCUCCCCCAUUGCCCCUCUGGCCUAUCUGGCCAAUCCUGUGGCUCCAGCCGCCCCCCCCCGCCCCCCCAUGAGUUGAUGAUACCAGAGCCACUUCAGCCCACAUGGAGAGCCAGCAGUGUUUGUGGGUUGGAGAGCCUCUCUGUUCACGCCACCUCUCACCCCACCCUACCACUCCCUUUGACUUAAGGCCCAGACUGUCUGGCUGGGGAGCCCAAAAGCACAGCUUCCUUUGCCCAAGGAAGGAAGAAAAUCAUCUGCGGCAUAACAUACUCUCCAGAGCUCCCUUCUGGAUCAAACCAAGACUUGGGCUUCCCGGGAAAUCAUGCCUUGCUCAGCCUCUUCUGUCUCCCUGUCCUCCUCCUGUUCACCUACUGGUGUCUCCUGGGAGCCUUUCCUUAAUAAAGCUCUUGCACCUGAA